GACGCGGGUCGCAGGGCGCCGCGGGGGCUGCCGGGACAGUUCUAAGAUGGCCGAGCGCCGCGGUGCUCCCUCUGCCCGCGGCCUGGAGUCCCAUUCAUUACCCGGUUGCUGAGGGGCGCCGCGUCGCAGCGAGCCCGGCCCAGGACUCCGGGGGCUGCCCCCGCGCGACGGGAGGCCGCCAUGGCGACCCUGGAAAAGCUGAUGAAGGCUUUCGAGUCCCUCAAGUCCUUUCAGCAGCAGCAGCAGCAGCCGCCGCCGCCUCAGCCGCCUCAGCCGCCUCAGCCUCCUCAGCCGCCGCCGCAGGCGCAGCCGCCGCUACAGUCGCCUCCUCAGCCGCCGCCGCCGCCGCCGCCGCCCCCGCCGCCGCCCGGCCCGGCCGUGGCUGAGGAACCGCUGCACCGACCAAAGAAAGAACUCUUAACCACCAAGAAAGACCGGGUGAAUCAUUGUCUGACAAUAUGUGAAAACAUAGUGGCGCAGUCUCUCAGAAAUUCUCCAGAAUUUCAGAAACUUCUGGGCAUCGCUAUGGAACUUUUUCUGCUAUGCAGUGAUGAUGCGGAGUCAGAUGUCAGGAUGGUGGCUGACGAAUGCCUCAAUAAAGUUAUAAAAGCUUUGAUGGAUUCCAGUCUUCCAAGGUUACAGUUAGAACUCUAUAAGGAAAUUAAAAAGAACGGUGCUCCCCGAAGCCUGCGUGCUGCCCUGUGGAGGUUUGCCGAGCUGGCCCACCUGGUCCGGCCUCAGAAAUGCAGGCCUUACCUGGUGAACCUUCUGCCUUGCCUGACACGGAUAAGCAAGAGACCUGAGGAAUCUGUGCAAGAGACCUUGGCUGCAGCUGUACCCAGAAUCAUGGCUUCUUUUGGCAAUUUUGCAAACGACAGUGAGAUUAAGGUUCUUUUAAAGGCGUUCAUCGCAAAUCUGAAGUCCAACUCCCCCACUGUUCGGCGGACAGCAGCUGGAUCAGCAGUGAGCAUCUGCCAACACUCAAGAAGGACUCAGUAUUUUUAUAGCUGGUUACUAAAUGUCCUCUUAGGUUUGCUGGUUCCUGUGGAGGAUGAGCAUUCCACCCUGCUGAUUCUUGGAGUGCUGCUCACAUUGAGGUACCUGGUGCCCUUGCUGCAGCAGCAGGUCAAGGACAUGAGCCUGAAAGGGAGCUUUGGGGUCACUCGGAAAGAAAUGGAAGUCUCUCCUUCCACAGAGCAGCUGAUUCAGGUUUAUGAGUUGACUCUGCAUUAUACUCAGCACCAGGACCACAACGUUGUGACUGGGGCGUUGGAGCUGCUGCAGCAGCUUUUCAGAACCCCUCCGCCCGAGCUCCUGCAAGCACUGACCACCGCCGGCGGCCUCGGGCAGCUGACCGUGGCUAAAGAUGAGCCCAGCUGCCGGAGUCGCAGUGGGAGCAUUGUGGAACUUAUAGCUGGAGGGGGUUCUUCAUGCAGCCCUGUCCUUUCAAGAAAGCAAAAAGGUAAAGUACUCUUAGGAGAAGAAGAAGCCUUGGAAGAUGACUCUGAAUCAAGAUCAGACGUCAGCAGCUCAGCCUUUGCAGCCUCAGUGAAGGGUGAGAUCACUGGGGAGUUGGCUGCCUCUUCGGGGGUUUCAACUCCGGGGUCCACGAGUUCAGCUGCUGACUCCACAGGUCAUGAGAUUAUUACCGAGCAGCCCCGGUCGCAGCACACUCUGCAGUCGGACUCUGUGGAUCCAACCAGCUGUGACUUGACGAGCGCUGCUACCGACGGGGAUGAGGAGGACAUCCUGAGCCACAGUUCUAGCCAGAUCAGCGCUGUGCCGUCUGACUGUGCCAUGGACUUGAACGAUGGGACCCAGGCCUCCUCACCCAUCAGUGACAGCUCCCAGACCACCACCGAGGGGCCCGACUCAGCAGUCACCCCUUCAGACAGUUCUGAAAUUGUGCUGGAUGGCGCCGACGGCCAGUGCCCGGGAAUGCCGAUGGGACAGCUGCAGGACGAGGAGGAGGAGGCCACCACGGGGCUUCUUUCUGAGGAGGGCUCGGAUGCUUUCGGAAGCUCAUCGCUCGCCCUUCAACAAGCACAUUUAUUGAAAAGCCUGGGUCACAGCCGGCAGCCUUCCGACAGCAGUAUAGAUAAAUUUGGGUCAAGAGAUGAAACUGCUGAACCAGUUGAUCAAGAAAACAAGCCUUGCAGAAUCAAAGGUGACAUAGGACAGUCUACUGAUGAUGAUUCUGCACCUCUUGUCCAUUGUGUCCGCCUUUUAUCUGCUUCAUUUUUGCUAACUGGGGAAAAAAACGCACUGGUUCCAGAUCGGGAUGUAAGGGUCAGUGUGAAGGCACUGGCCAUUAGCUGUGUCGGAGCAGCUGUGGCCCUUCACCCUGAAUCUUUCUUCAGCAAACUUUACAAAAUACCCCUUGACACCGUGGAAUACCCUGAGGAGCAGUACGUCUCGGACAUCCUGCACUACACUGAUCACGGAGACCCCCAGGUCCGCGGGGCCACUGCCAUUCUCUGCGGGGCCCUUGUCUACUCCAUCCUCACCCGGUCCCGCUUUCAGGUGGAAGACUGGAUGUGCACCAUUAGGAGUCUGACAGGAAGUACAUUUUCUCUGGCGGACUGCAUCCCUCUGCUGCAGAAAACUCUGAAAGACGAAUCUUCUGUUACGUGCAAGUUGGCUUGUACGGCCGUGAGGCACUGUGUCAUGAGUCUGUGCAGCAGCAGCUCCAGUGAAUUAGGGUUACAGUUGAUCAUCGAUGUGUUGACCCUGAGGGAUAGUUCCUAUUGGCUGGUGAGGACAGAGCUUUUGGAAACUCUUGCAGAAAUUGACUUCAGGUUGGUGAGCUUUUUGGAGGCAAAAGCAGAAAGCUUACGCAGAGGGGCUCAUCAUUACACAGGGCUUUUAAAACUGCAAGAACGAGUGCUGAAUAACGUGGUCAUCUACCUGCUGGGGGAUGAGGACCCCCGGGUACGGCACGUGGCCGCGGCGUCCCUGACAAGGCUUGUUCCAAAGCUGUUUUAUAAAGGUGACCAAGGACAAGCUGAUCCAGUGGUGGCUGUGGCAAGAGAUCAAAGCAGUGUUUACCUGAAACUUCUCAUGCAUGAGACGCAGCCUCCAUCCCACUUCUCGGUCAGCACCAUAACCAGAAUAUAUAGAGGCUAUAACUUACUACCAAGCAUAACGGACGUCACCAUGGAAAAUAACCUUUCGAGGGUUGUUGCAGCGGUCUCUCAUGAGCUAGUCACAUCCACCACCCGGGCUCUCACAUUUGGAUGCUGUGAAGCUUUGUGUCUUCUUUCAGCUGCCUUUCCAGUUUGCGUUUGGAGUCUGGGCUGGCAUUGUGGGGUCCCUCCACUGAGCGCCUCAGAUGAGCCUGGGAAGACCUGCACGGUCGGCAUGGCCACGGUGAUCCUCACCCUGCUCUCCUCGGCUUGGUUUCCACUGGAUCUCUCAGCUCACCAAGAUGCCUUGAUCCUAGCUGGGAACUUGCUCGCAGCCAGUGCCCCCAAAUCUUUGCGAAGUUCAUGGACCACUGAAGAAGAGGCCAACCCAGCAGCCACCAAACAAGAAGAGGUGUGGCCAGCUCUGGGUGACCGAAGCCUGGUGCCCAUGGUGGAACAGCUCUUCUCUCACCUGCUGAAGGUGAUUAAUAUCUGUGCACAUGUCUUGGAUGAUGUGGCUCCUGGACCAGCAAUAAAGGCAGCCUUGCCUUCUCUAACAAACCCCCCUUCUCUAAGUCCAAUCCGACGAAAGGGAAAGGAGAAAGAGCCGGGAGAACAGGCAUCUGUACCAUUAAGCCCUAAAAAAGGCAAUGAAGUCAGCCCAGCUUCUAGACAAUCUGAUACCUCAGGACCUGUUACAACUAGUAAAUCCUCAUCCUUGGGAAGUUUCUAUCAUCUUCCUUCAUAUCUCAAAUUGCAUGAUGUCUUGAAGGCUACUCAUGCUAACUACAAGGUCACCCUGGAUCUUCAGAACAGCACUGAAAAGUUUGGGGGGUUUCUGCGCUCUGCCUUGGAUGUUCUUUCACAGAUUCUCGAAUUGGCAACACUGCAGGAUAUUGGGAAGUGUGUUGAAGAGAUCCUCGGAUACCUGAAAUCCUGCUUUAAUCGAGAACCAAUGAUGGCGACUGUUUGUGUCCAACAGUUGUUGAAGACUCUUUUUGGAACAAACUUGGCAUCGCAGUUUGAUGGCUUCUCCUCCAACCCCAGCAAGUCCCAAGGCUGUGCGCAGCGCCUGGGCUCCUCCAGCGUGAGGCCAGGCUUGUACCACUACUGCUUCAUGGCUCCCUAUACCCACUUCACGCAGGCCUUGGCCGAUGCCAGUCUGAGGAACAUGGUCCGGGCCGAGCCAGAGCACGACACUUCGGGGUGGUUUGAUGUACUCCAGAAGGUGUCUACCCAAUUGAAAACAAAUCUCACGGGUGUCACGAAGAACCGUGCGGACAAGAAUGCUAUUCAUAACCACAUUCGUUUAUUUGAGCCUCUUGUGAUAAAAGCUUUAAAACAGUACACAACGACAACGUCUGUGCAGUUACAGAAGCAGGUGUUGGACUUGCUGGCGCAGCUGGUUCAGUUACGGGUUAACUACUGUCUUCUGGAUUCAGAUCAGGUGUUUAUUGGAUUUGUGCUAAAACAGUUCGAGUACAUUGAAGUGGGCCAGUUCCGGGAAUCAGAGGCAAUUAUUCCAAACAUCUUUUUCUUCUUGGUAUUGCUGUCUUAUGAACGCUAUCAUUCAAAACAGAUCAUCGGAAUCCCUAAAAUCAUCCAGCUCUGUGAUGGCAUCAUGGCCAGUGGGAGGAAGGCCGUGACCCAUGCCAUUCCGGCUCUGCAGCCCGUCGUCCAUGACCUCUUUGUGCUAAGAGGAACAAAUAAAGCUGAUGCAGGAAAGGAGCUGGAAACCCAAAAAGAAGUGGUGGUGUCGAUGUUACUGAGACUCAUCCCAUACCAUCAGGUGUUGGAAAUGUUUAUCCUCGUCCUGCAGCAGUGUCACAAGGAGAAUGAAGACAAGUGGAAGCGGUUGUCUCGACAGAUCGCCGACAUGAUCCUCCCAAUGCUGGCCAGACAGCAGAUGCAUAUUGAUUCUCAUGAAGCCCUUGGAGUAUUAAAUACUUUGUUUGAAAUUUUGGCCCCUUCCUCCCUCCGUCCUGUGGAUAUGCUUCUGCGAAGUAUGUUUGUUACUCCGAAUACAAUGGCAUCUGUAAGCACUGUUCAACUGUGGAUAUCAGGAAUCCUUGCCAUUUUGAGGGUCCUGAUUUCCCAAUCAACUGAAGAUAUUGUUCUCUCUCGUAUUCAAGAGCUCUCCUUCUCUCCAUAUUUAAUCUCCUGUCCAAUAAUCAACAGGCUAAGAGGAGGGGGCAGUAAUUCCACACUAGAGGAGCUCAGUGAGGGCAGACAAAUGAGGAAUUUGCCUGAAGAAACAUUUUCAAGGUUUCUGCUACAACUGGUUGGCAUUCUUUUAGAGGACAUUGUUACGAAACAGUUGAAAGUGGAAAUGAGCGAACAGCAACACACUUUCUAUUGCCAGGAGCUGGGCACGCUGCUCAUGUGUCUGAUCCACAUCUUCAAGUCUGGAAUGUUCCGGAGGAUCACAGCCGCCGCCGCUCGACUCUUCACCAGCGAUUGCUCUGAUGGCAGCUUCUACACCCUCGAGAGCUUGAACGCACGGGUCCGCUCCAUGGCGCCCACCCACCCGUCCCUCGUGCUGCUCUGGUGCCAGAUCCUGCUCCUCGCCAACCACACCGACUCUCGCUGGUGGUCCGAGGUACAGCAGACGCCCCGAAGACACAGUCUUUCCAGCACCAAGUUACUCGGUCCUCAGAUGUCUGGGGCGGAGGAGGAUGCUGAUGUGGCCCCCAAGCUUGGGAUGUGCAAUAGAGAAAUAGUAAGAAGAGGAGCUCUCGUUCUUUUCUGUGAUUAUGUUUGUCAGAACCUCCACGACUCCGAGCACGUAGCGUGGCUUAUUGUGAACCACGUUCAAGAUCUGAUCAGCCUGUCUCAUGAACCUCCGGUUCAGGAUUUUAUCAGCGCCGUUCACCGGAAUUCUGCGGCUAGUGGACUUUUUAUCCAGGCGAUUCAAUCUCGUUGUGAAAAUCUUUCUACUCCAACCACUCUGAAGAAGACUCUUCAGUGCUUGGAAGGGAUCCACCUCAGCCAGUCAGGAGCAGUGCUGACACUCUAUGUGGACAGGCUUCUGUGUACCCCCUUCCGGGUGCUGGCUCGCAUGGUGGACACCCUCGCUUGUCGCCGCGUAGAGAUGCUUUUGGCUGCAAAUUUACAGAGCAGCAUGUCUCAGUUACCAGUGGAAGAGCUGAACAGAAUCCAGGAGUAUCUGCAGAGAAGUGGCUUAGCUCUCAGACACCAAAGACUGUAUUCCCUGCUGGACAGAUUCCGUCUCUCCACUGUCCCAGAGUCCCUUAGCCCUUCUCCUCCAGUCACUUCCCACCCCCUGGACGGGGACGGGCAGCUGUCGCUGGAAACAGUGAAUCCCGACAAAGACUGGUAUGCGCGUCUUGUCAAAUCCCAGUGUUGGACAAAGUCAGAUUCUGCACUGCUGGAAGGAGCAGAGCUGAUGAACCGCCUUCCUCCUGGUGAGCUGAGUGUGCUCAUGACAAGCCCGGAAUUCAACUUAAGCCUGUUAGCUCCGUGCUUAAGCCUGGGUGUGUCUGAAAUUUCUGGGGCUCAGAAGAGUCACCUUUUCGAAACAGCCCGUGUGGUCACCCUGGACCGUGUGUCGAGCCUUGUUCAGCAGCUUCCUGCCACCCACCAAGUUUUCCAACCAUUCCUUCCCAUGGAGUCCUCAACCUACUGGAGCAAGUUGAAUGAUCUGUUUGGGGACGCUGUGCUGUACCCCACGCUGACCACGCUGGCCCGGGCCCUGGCGCAGUACUUGGUGGUGCUCCCCCAGCUGCCUGGCCACUUGCACCUUCCUCCUGAGAAGGAGAGGGACACCAUCAAGUUCGUGGUGAUGACACUCGAGGCCCUGUCAUGGCGUUUGAUCCAGGAGCAGGUCCCUCUGAGCCUGGACCUCCAGGCCGGCUUGGACUGCUGUGGCCUGGCUCUGCAGCUGCCAGCGCUCUGGGACGUUGUCGCCUCCGUGGACUGUGUGACCCAGGCCUGCUCCCUCAUCCACUGCGUCCGCUUCAUCCUCGAAGCCAUUGCAGUGCAGCCUGGGGACCAGCUUCUUAGUCCAGAAAGAAAGACGAACACUCCAAAGCCUGCCAGAGAGGAUGAAGUAGAUUCACACACACAGACUCCCAGGUCCAUCACCGCGGCUUGUGAGAUGGUGGCAGAAAUGGUGGAGUCUCUGCAGUCGGUACUGGCCCUGGGUCACAGGAAGAAUGGCAGUGUGCCCGCUUUCCUCACUUCGGUGCUAAAGAACAUCGUCAUCAGCCUUGCCCGCCUCCCCCUGGUCAACAGCUACACGCGUGUCCCCCCACUGGUGUGGAAACUCGGGUGGUCACCCAAACCUGGAGGGGAGUUUGGCACAGCACUUCCCGAGAUCCCUGUGGAGUUCCUUCAGGAAAAGGAAGUCUUCAAAGAGUUCAUCUACCGUGUCAAUACACUAGGGUGGACAAGUCGUACUCAGUUUGAGGAGACUUGGGCCACGCUCCUCGGCGUCCUGGUGACCCAGCCCAUCGCCAUGGAGCAUGCGGAGAGCCAGCCAGAGGAGGACACCGAGAGGACCCAGGUCAAUGUCCUGGCCGUGCGGGCCAUCACCUCGUUGGUGCUGAGCGCCAUGGCCGUCCCUGUGGCGGGCAACCCGGCCAUGAGCUGCCUGGAGCAGCAGCCCCGGACCAAGCCCCUGAAGGCUCUUGACACCAGGUUUGGAAGGAAGUUGAGUAUUAUUCGAGGAAUUGUAGAGCAGGAGAUUCAAGCAAUGGUUUCAAAGAGAGAGAACAUCGCCACCCAUCACUUAUACCAGGCUUGGGAUCCCGUCCCUUCUCUGUCUCCAGCUACGACAGGGACCCUGAUCAGCCAUGACAAGCUUCUGCUCCAGAUCAACCCUGAGCGAGAGUUGGGGAACACAAGCUACAAUCUCGGCCAGGUUUCCAUACACUCCGUGUGGCUGGGAAACAGCAUCACACCCCUCAGGGAAGAAGAGUGGGGUGAGGAGGAGGAGGACGAGGCUGACAACCCUGCGCCUUCGUCACCACCCACGUCUCCGGUCAGCUCCAGGAAACACCGGGCUGGAGUGGACAUCCAUUCCUGUUCGCAGUUUUUGCUUGAGUUGUACAGCCGUUGGAUCCUGCCGUCAAGUUCAGCCAGAAGGACUCCCGUCAUUCUGAUCAGUGAAGUGGUUCGAUCUCUUCUCGUGGUCUCGGACUUGUUCACUGAGCGCAACCAGUUUGAGAUGAUGUACCUGACGCUGACAGAGCUGCGGAGGGUGCACCCUGCGGAGGAUGAGAUUCUCGUCCAGUACCUGGUGCCAGCCAUGUGCAAAGCAGCUGCUGUCCUCGGCAUGGACAAGGCAGUAGCAGAGCCCAUCAGCCGCCUGCUGGAGAGCACGCUCAGGAGCAGCCACCUACCCAGCAAGAUCGGAGCCCUGCACGGCAUCCUCUACGUGCUGGAGUGUGACCUCCUCGAUGACACUGCCAAGCAGCUUGUCCCCAUCGUCAGCGACUACCUCCUCUCCAACCUCAAGACGGUCGCCCACUGUGUGAACAUCCAUAGCCAGCAGCACGUCCUGGUGAUGUGUGCCACCGCCUUCUACUUGAUUGAGAACUACCCUCUGGAUGUAGGGCCAGAAUUUUCUGCAUCAGUAAUCCAGAUGUGUGGGGUGAUGCUGUCCGGAAGCGAAGAGUCCACUCCAGCAGUCACGUACCACUGUGUCCUCCGGGGCCUGGAGCGCCUCCUCCUCUCGGAGCAGCUCUCCCGGCUGGAUGCAGAGUCCCUGGUCAAGCUGAGUGUCGACAGGGUGAACGUGCAGAGCCCACACCGAGCCAUGGCAGCCCUGGGCCUGAUGCUCACCUGCAUGUACACAGGAAAGGAGAAAAUUAGUCCAGGUAGAAUAUCAGAGCCGAACCCUGCAGCCCCAGACAGCGAGUCGGUUAUCGUCGCUAUGGAACGGGUGUCUGUCCUUUUUGAUAGGAUCAGGAAAGGCUUUCCUUGUGAAGCCAGAGUGGUGGCGCGGAUCCUCCCGCAGUUUUUGGAUGACUUCUUCCCACCCCAGGAUGUCAUGAACAAGGUCAUUGGAGAGUUCCUGUCCAACCAGCAGCCGUACCCCCAGUUCAUGGCCUCCGUGGUGUUCAAGGUCUUCCAGACGCUGCACAGCACCGGCCAGUCGUCCAUGGUGCGGGACUGGGUGAUGCUCUCACUCUCCAACUUCACGCAGAGGGCCCCGGUGGCCAUGGCCGUGUGGAGCCUCUCCUGCUUCUUCGUCAGCGCGUCCACCAGCCCGUGGGUCUCCGCCACCCUCCCGCACGUCGUCAGCCGGAUGGGCAGGCUGGAGCCUGUGGACGUGAACCUCUUCUGCCUGGUUGCCACAGACUUUUACCGACACCAGAUAGAGGAGGAGCUGGACCGCAGGGCCUUCCAGUCCGUGUUUGAGGUGGUGGCGGUUCCCGGGAGCCCCUACCGCCGCCUGCUGGCCUGCCUGCGCAGUGUUCACAAGGGUGCCGCGUGCUGAGGGCCUGCGGGACGGGGCCGCCAGGAGGAGCGGGGGCCCUGCAUCCACAGGGGCCGGGGGCCUCGGCUGGGCCGGGCCGGUGCAUUGGGGGCAGGCUUCCCCUCGCCACCACCACCUGGGGCAGCCAGACGGUGUCUGAAUUCUGCCAGGCGGCAGCAGGUGCCACGCAGGGAGUGUGCAGUGCUGCUCGGCGGGCCCGUCCUCACCGGGAGCAAGGCAGCAGGCACCGGGGCCAGGGCCGGGGCCCCCCUUCCUCCGAAGGCCGGCCUGCUGCCACCAGGCCACGCUGCUCCGGCCUCCAGUCUCGCAGGUGGAACUCGAUGGCAUCAAGCUUGGAGGAGGCGUGGGGAGCUGGGGGUCGGCCCCCACCCCAGGGCCUGGGCAGGGUGCAGGCCGGGUGGGCAGUGGGAGCGCCAGACACCCAGCCCCUGCUUCCCUAUCUCUUGUUUCUUCUCAGGAUUUAAAAUUUAAUUAUAUCAGUAAAGAGAUUAAUUUUAACUGAACUAUUUCUAUACCCUGUAAAGUAUGUACAGUUGUAAAGCCUGUGCCACCCACCACCUGCUGCCCUUGCCCUGCCCCCUCCCGAGGAACCUAGCCUCCACCUGGCGGGUGCCCGCAGGUCCCCCAGACACACUUAUCACAUUGUCUGUCGUUUUCUUCACCUGUAUAUGUGUUCACAUUUAAUUAGAAUGUAUAGAAUUGCCUGUGUUCAGGAAUUCUCUAUUACACCACCACCACCCCGUCCUUUUUAUGGGGAGAACGAGUGCCCAGUAAACCCGCCCACACAUAGGAGGCCUCAGCCCUGCCCAGCACCCUCUUCCUCGGUCCCCGAGCACUCAAGGCACGCCACCCACAAGGGAGUGACGGCCCCCUGCCCCUGCUGUCCUCCAGCCUCUGUCUCCAGCCAGCUCUGUGCUGAGGGCUGCCCCCCCCCAGCCGGUGGCCGGAGUGCCUGAGGGAUGACUGGGCCAUGUUUGAUUGAGCCCCUCUUGGAGCCCCUCUUGGUCAAGAAUGAAGCUGGUGUCCUAACUGUUAGAGGCAGACCACACCAUCUCUCUGUCCCCUUUCCAGCUUACGUCAUAUGGCCGGCUGCCUUCAGCCCAGAGAGCGCAGCUCUGCACACAGUGAACCAGCGAGGGCAGGAAGAGGCCACACAGCUGCUUCCACCCUGGGGCCUCUAGCCCCUGGGACCAGCUCUGUGUUUCUAGGCCCAGAGUAGCCAGUUGGUUGGAAGAGACAGUGGAUCCUUAGAAGAGGGCCUGACCUUCACUGGGUGGGUGUCGGGGCUUUGAUGGGGGGAGGCCAGGGGGUCUGCAUCCCGUUCCCCGAGCCAGGUCCUGGUGGUCUGGGCCCAUCGUGCUCAGUUUGUCCGUGGCCCGAGCAGCCAGCGUGUGGGUGUUCGGUAAGGGGAGAGGACUUCAAAGCUAUUUUCCAGAGUCUGAAAACAAGACAUUUUUUGGCACUUCAGUUAACUGACCUGCUACUAGCCCAUGCUUGCAAGAGCCCCACAACCGACCCCAAGAACGGCCCCUUCCUCCAUCCCUUUCCUAAAGCCGUGGAGGCCGGCUGGCGGGCAGGGCGGCUCUAGCUCCCAGCCGCUCACCAAGCCUGGCCACGUCACCAUCGCAGCAGUGUGAAUAGGAGUGAGUCCGAUUCUUGAGCAGGACCUUAAGGGACUUUGAAUCCUAAACAAGAAGUAAGAAAGUCACUGUUGUCACUGAUUGGUUCUGGGCUUCCAUGUCUCGUCCUAGCUUUUUUCCAUAGAAAGCCGACUAGAAAUGUUAGGGAGUAGUGGGAGGGCCCUGAGAACUCAGCUCCCCUGGUCCCAAGACGGUGACAGGUCUGUGAUAGAAACAUCACAGGCCACAUGCGAUUCCUGAUUAGGUGUUUGCUUUGUGAGAAGUAACACACUGCAAGUAUAAAAUUUGAACCAAUCCCCUUUAGAAUCAGUGUAACCAGGCCCGAUUUGGAGUUCAGUCAACCUGCUCUCAUUACAUGAUCUAAAACAAUUCGGUUGUUAACGAGGGUUCUUGGAACCCAGCUCUGACAAGAGUUGCCACCCCGAAGUCCUACCUGUGUGCCCCAGAAAUGAGUUUAUGAGGCGAAGUACUUACCCAUAGACAUGCAGAGAGAGGCCCACGUGUACCUGCGUCUCCAGGCACUAGAGGCUGUGAGAUGCCCACGCCUGCUCGUCUGGAGAAGUGACUUUCCUUCCCCCUGCCGUGGAGCCUGCUGCGCAACCGAGACGCGAGAGCAGGACUCGUGGAAGGAGGGCCGGUGCUCCUUAAUAUCCCUUGAGAGAAAGCUUGAGAUAUGCAGCCGUCAAUCCAGAUUUUGCUCAAGAUGUCAUUGAUUGUAGACUUUUUUUGUUUUUGUUUUCCUGCUGGUGAUACCAGGAAAGACUUUAAUCAAACCAGGGUAGGCUUGUUUGCGAUGCACCGAAGCAUGUCUCCUCUCCAAAAAUGUGCCUCCCUCUUCCGUGGUGGGCUCUGGCCGAGUGUGCCGGAGCUGGCGGUCUCCAGUGCCAAGUGCCCUUUGCUGUUGCUCCCUUUGUUUUGCCAGCAUAUUUUAGGGAAGAAUGAGGUGGAGACUCCCCAGAUACCCAGGACAUAGCAUCAGAGGAGGCAGACUCCUUGCACUGUGCCCAAAAGGCGUGCCCCCCACCACCACCACACCUGCAGAUGCCCACCCCACACCCCCUCCUCCUUGGUGGGUUUCAUUUUGGGGUCUCUCCUUUCUCUGAAGCAUGAAUGAUUCUUGCCUAGGUGGGGAUUCUGGGGGAGAAUCUUGCAAAAAUUCGGCUUCUGACCGACUCAUAGGUGAGACUUAUCUAUUAGAGAGAUUGGAGUGGGCUUUGGUUCUGGUUUUUUUCUUUCAUUCAUGGGGAUGGACUUUACCUCCCCUUGACGCCUGUGAGCAGACUUCCUGGUGGGUCCCCCCCACUCUGAGGGAGGGCCCCAAAGUCAUAGCUCCAGGCAGGUGUUAUUCCCCCAGCCCCCCAGAUUGUUCUGGGUCCUGGGGUGGGGGGCAGGGGCUAAGUGAGAGCCCCCGAGAAAGAAGCCCUGAGAGCGGCUGGGCCUCCGCAGGGAGCCCAGGAGGUUCCUUUGGGAAGAGCAAGAUGACACUCCACAGGGACAGCAGCUUGGAAAUGCCUGGGGCAGCCGGCAGUGUCACCAAAGUCCAGGGCCACUCCCCCCGUGCACUGCCACAGUGCACGCCACCCGGGCCUCCCUCGCCGCUCUGGGGACGCGUGGCCCUGGACGGCCUCGCCACAGCUCCCUUUGCAAACUGGGGGCCAGGGGACUCCCUGGGCGUGUGGCGUGCUGUCCUUGCUCCCGCCCUUGUGCUGGGGCAGACUGGACCUCGAGCUGCCACUGCCACUGCCCUGGGAACUGGCCAGGCUGUGAUGGGCAAGGCCUGGAGCGCUGGCCAGACUGACCCCCCCUUCAGAGGACUGCGAGAAGAGGGAGGGGUGGGCUUAAAUGAGAUGUGUAUUUACAUUUUUUAAUGACCGCAAACAUUGUACAUCCAAAUUAAAACAGUGAACCAGAAA